AUGGCUAGCGAUGAAUUGGACGCACUUGACGCCCUGGACAGAGAGGCGUCGGAAUUCACCAAAGAUGCGGAAAUUGAUCGCAUUAGAAAAGCAUUCCAGCUCGAUGCUUAUGCAGUCCUUGAUCUCCAACCAGGCGUCCCAGACUCAGACAUUAAGAAUCAAUACCGCAGGAAAUCCCUUCUCAUACAUCCGGAUAAAUCCUCAAACCCUGCGGCGCCCGAUGCCUUUGAUCGUCUAAAGAAGGCACAAACGACUCUGUUAGAUGAGAAAGCACGGGCUCACCUCGACGAGUGUAUUGCCGAUGCACGAAGACUAUUAAUCAGAGAACACAAAUACACGCUUGACUCCCCAGAGCUAAAGACGGAAGAGUUCAAAGUGGAAUGGCGGAAGAAGACUGUCGAGGUUCUAGUUGAGGAGGAAGCGAGACGGAGGCGGCGGUUAAAGGCGCAAAUGCAGGAGGAAGGUAGGGAGAAAAAGAAAGAGGAAGAAGAGAUGGAGAUGAGGAAACGGAAGAGAGCGGAAGAGAAGGCCUGGGAAGAGUCACGCGAGGAGCGGAUUGGGAGCUGGAGGAAUUGGCAGAAGGGGAAGUCAGAGAAGGCCGAGGGGGGGAAGAAGAAAAAGAUGAAAGUGUUAGGAUAA